AUGUCGCUCGUCGGGCUUCUGGAUUCGCUUGGAGUAAUGGGUGUGGAUGCUAGAAGCUCUUUCAAUGGAGGCGUCCAGGGCCCGUUGUCGGAUCGCCAGUGGGAGAGGGAGGUGGAAGUGUGGUGGCAGGCGGCACUGGCCAUGUUACAACUGGGAAUCACGGAACAGGCAACUGGCCCAUCAUUGGCCAGCGCAGAGGUGCUAUUCACAAAGCCUCAUACAAAGGCUGGGUAUACUCGGUGCAAGAAUCAGAUGAUCCGCAGUACAGCAUACGCAUCUUUCAGCACACUUGGGAUCGUAAUCAUCUUCUCCCUUGGCGGCUGCUUCAUUAUUCUAUCAUACAUACUCGAGCCUUGUGUUAACUUUAUUCAGCGCAAGCACGGUCUCGAUGUCUACCACCGUCUCGAGUGGGCUACUAAUGGGACUCUGCAGCUACAGCGGCUCGCCCAUGAAGAGCUCGGUCUCGGCACCUGGACCGGUGCGGCUGCCGACGUCCCCAUCGUGGUCGCCUCUGGAGAUCGCCAAACGAGCUGCAAGCUCGCUAUGGUGAACGUGUCAGAUGUGGAGCACCCAAAGCUAGUGGCGUCGCCAGAGCCGCUGGAGAGACAGAUGGUAGGAGAGACUGGAAAGACGGUUUAA